AUGUGUGAACCGACAUUCAAUCCAUAACAUAAGAUCGAUCGUCAACUCUUACACAAUAUUUCCCUUACAGAGAACCAAUUUUCUUUACUCUAUUUUUCACUGUGCAGUUUUUUUCCCUGUACGUUAUGGAAAGGAAACCUUUCAAAGGCAAUAUUGGAUAAUAUAUAAAUCAUUAGUGGUGACUGCAACGCACUCGUAAUCGCUGUGCCUUCAACGGUUUUAAGAUAUUAUUUCCGGAUCUGACUUGCACACCUUCAAGUGAAUGUGAAACUGAGUUACAGGCUUGAUGUUUUAUAAUAUGAUUUCGCUCACGAUGGAUUCAUAAACACAUUUUUUUCUUUGUGGAAAUCGGUCAUUGGUCAUCAUGUUUCGAAAGACACCCAAGAUGGCGCCUGUGAGCUCCUACAAGUUAAAAGAUCCCCGCGUGUGUCGAGUGUUUGUCUCUUCACCUUUCGGAGGUUACGAGAAGGAGCGAGAGGAGCUGGUUCUCAAGUACUUCCCACAGCUCAGUCAUCUGUGUCAGGGUCGGGGCGUGCAGUUUGUGGCCGUCGACAUGAGGUGGGGGAUCACAGAGGAGGCUGCUACUGAUGCUCAGGUGGUGAGCAUAUGUCUCCGGGAAGUGGAUCGUUCGGAUAUUUUCAUCGGCUUCUACGGACAGAGGUAUGGAUGGCACGGAGCUAAAGACCCCAUGUUACAGAAGAACAUCGACAACGCCAAGAAAAGAUACCCGUGGCUCACCAAAGUCAAGGACCGCAGUGUGACGGAGAUGGAGUUUUUGCACGGACACCUCAACUCCCCAGGUGCUCUACCAAGUAUCAUGGCUUUCAGAAGCAAG